AUCUGGUGGGAUAGGAGACCGCAAGAAAGUCUUUCGCACAAGUGAAGAGCUCGUUCUCAGCUCAACGUCACACACUUAAAAAGUUACGUGCUCGUUCUUACUCUUCUCCGAUACCGUUGGUUUCUUUACUUUAUAGUAGAAGCCAGUUUGAUUAGCUGUAGAAAUGAUCUGCCUCGUUUUAGCUAUAUUUGCUAACAUUUUCGAGACAGCAUGGGCAGGUGUAAAUGAACGCACAUUUAUAGCAAUCAAACCAGAUGGAGUCCAGAGAAGGCUGGUAGGGGUGAUUAUCAAACGCUUAGAACAGAAGGGCUUUAAACUGGUUGGGAUGAAACUAAUGCAGGCUUCAGAGAGUUUGUUAAAAGAGCACUACCUGGAACUCAGUGACCGUCCAUUUUUUGGCCAGCUGAUCAAGUACAUGAGCUCUGGGCCAGUUGUUGCUAUGGUUUGGCAGGGUCUGAAUGUUGUGAAAACAGCUCGAGAUAUGUUAGGAGAAACUAACCCAGCAGACUCCUUACCUGGUACUGUUAGAGGUGAUUUUGCAGUGGAAAUUAGCAGGAAUGUCAUCCAUGGCAGUGACUCAGUGAAGAGUGCCCAACGGGAGAUUUUAUUGUGGUUCCGCCAUACUGAAUUGGUUUGCUGGGAAGAUAGUGCAGAGCAUUGGAUCUAUGAAUAAACAGAGACCAGCUUGAAAAUAAAA